UUGCCUUUUGCCUUUUAUUGGCCUUUUCUUGUUUUCUUCCCUGUCCUUGGUGUUUGUUUCCUUUAUAUUGGGUUCCUGUCCCGUUUCCUUUCACCAGUUCCUCAUUCCCUUUCCCAGUAGCAGAAAGCAUCAUUUUAUCCAAACCCCUGAAACACAAUAGGAGCACAAAGAGCGGUUGGAGCUUGGAACGGAUCAAUAGAGAAUGACAAAACCGUUUUCAUUAUCACAAGUCUAAUUUUGACUCAAGCUCAAAUAAGGCAGGUCAUGACUCGGGGUGCCACAUUGCUAGGUACUUCCGUGACGUUCGGUGGGUUGCUUCGGACUUGGUUGGCCCAAGCCGGAGUGUCUAUUCUGGCGCACUUUACCGCUGGGGCAUUGCUUGAGUUGGUGGAUCAAACUUCAGAGUCUUUAAUAACGGCGGGUUCCUAUACGUACUAUAUAUAAUCUGGAGUACCUAUAAAAAGGCCUCCCCCCAAAAAAACACCGCGUCCAAAGCCCUAAAUUUGGUUUUGAAGCUCUUCCCAGGUGACCCUAUUUUGGACCCCCCGAUUUCAGGGACUCCCUAUUAGAAAAAAUGCGACAGAGUUUCUCUUAUUGGGGGGGUGUUUUUUAAUAGGUUGACAGGAUUAUUUCCUGUGUUUAUAUCUGAUUUGAGCAGCUAGUGAAGAGCUGAUGUGGGUGGCACAGUGGAUUUGUUUUGAUGGUUGUCACCUUUGGCCCCUGAGCAAACGCUUUUGUCCCUGUGUGGUUCCUUUGUUCCCUGAGGGAAAGCGGAGCAUCAGUGGCAGACUGCAUUGAGCUAACCUGUCAUCGGAUGGCGGCUGUUGAGGGUGUCCGUCUCCUCAAGCAUGAUCAGCUGGUGUCAUUGCUGCAUGGUUCACGUCACAUGCUGACACAAAAACCACAGGAGGCGACAGUGGGUAUGGUCAGUGGUGCAUUCCUUUGACCAUGCGAGCUUCGGUGGGUCUAGGUGCCGCUUUUGAGCGGUUGGAUGUGGCCGCACCCAGGGCAGCGGACAUCAGUGCAUUGAAGCAGGAAGCUAAGUUGAUGGCGCACUUGGGUCGUGCAGGGCUGCUCAAAAGGUGUUCAAAACAUCGCCACAUCAAAACCCUUCCACACUAAAAACCGUCUAACCUGAUAUUUCCCUUUGCUUUGAUGACUUGUUGUGCCGUGAGGCACGUCGGCUCGAGGGAAUACGACAGCAGACUAGCUUGUCCACCGAAGACCUGCCUCACCAAAAAAGGAAGAGAGAGAGAGAGUAGUGUAGAGCUGGCAGAAGAUCGAGGAUAUCCAGAUGGCUUCAACAUGCAGGCCGAAUGGCCCACUGUGGUGUGCUCACCACCAAAGGUCCUUGCAGCCUUUUGCAAGGCCAUCAGCCUAACCCAGCUUUCGAUGGUGAUGCCUGGGUUUUGGGCGAAGCCGAAGGCUGAGGUGACUACGGCGACCGUGGCAAUGGCUUUGGUGUGUCGCAGAUAGAGGCGCAUC